UAAUUAAAGAAAGUUAACCGUACGGUGAAUUCUAGCUAAGUUACACUUGUAACAUACUUUUGUGUGUCUUUGGUUGAAGGUGAUUGCAUCAUGUCUAUGGAUAGACCGUUUUUAGUGGUAGUGUGUUUACUUCAGGUAGUGGGAUCCAGCAACGUCAGUCAGAGACACGAGUUUUUUGAUGUCAUUCUUAACGAAGACUACGAUCCCCGGGUGCCCCCGUUACUUAAAGGUGAUCCUGUUCUUAACACCAUCCAACUUUACAUUCUGGGAAUAGACUCUAUCAGUGCGAGUACGAUGGACUUCAAGAUGAGUUUCUUUAUUCGUCAGAGAUGGCAUGACCACAGAUUGGCAUUUAGAGGGCGCUUUGAUUUCCCAAAGAUCGAGUUGGAUACGCGUGUAAUGUCCAAUGUAUGGGUUCCCGAUCUAUAUAUUAAGAACGAGAAAAAAGCGAAUACCCAUUCAGUUACUGUUCCAAAUAAACUAAUGCACAUUUACCCAGACGGCCUGGUUGUAUACAGCAUGAGGGUGACAGGGACAUUCUCUUGCCAGAUGUACCUUCACAAAUACCCGUUAGAUCAACAGACAUGUUCAAUACAGAUGGAGAGUUAUGGAUACAGUACAGAUACUCUGAAAUUCCGAUGGAAUGACAUUCCUCUGGUUCAAAGACCAAACUUAACACUGCCGCAAUUCGAAAUUGGACACAUUACUAACCACACAUGUGACAUUACUUACGCUAACGGUAAUUCUUCCGUUUCUUUUACUUGCUUGGGAAUUGAUAUCGAGAUGAGCCGUGCAUACGGAUAUUAUAUUACACAAGUGUAUAUUCCAAGUCUUCUUAUCGUCUGCUUGUCAUGGGUGUCAUUUUGGCUGAACAUUGACGCAAUUCCAGCCCGAAUUUCCUUGGGUUUGUUGACAAUUCUUACAAUGACAACACAAAGUUCUGGAGCACGUGCCACACUUCCACGUGUAUCUUACAUCAAAGCUAUAGACGUCUGGAUGGCAACAUGUUUAGUGUUUGUUUUUGCUGCUUUGAUCGAAUUCUCCUAUGUAAAUGUAAAGGCAAGGGUUCAACAACGAAGGAAGUCUUCUGUAAGGGAAUUACCUCUUCUUCUGCACGGAAAGGAAGAUGGAAUCAAAGAGAAGCCUCGGUUGGACAGCGAAAGUCGAGACGAAGCGAGACGCGUGGAUAAAUUGUCUAGAAUUAUAUUUCCCCUAGUCUUUCUUUGUUUUAACAUCAUAUACUGGUCCGUCUAUUCUGUUUGGGUUCCAGAAAUGCAAAGAAAAGACUGAUACUUCAUUAUUAUUAUACAAGUUUCAAUCCUGUUUUGAUACUCCAAAACCUUGAAAUGAAACCGUCAUUCCAUGUAAUUUGUCAGUCAUAAUCAUCAUGAUAUGAAUAUUUUUUUUACUUUUAAAUUGCUAUCACUACAAAUCUACACACAGAGAACAUACAGUACACUGUAUACAUGUUGGAACACCUUAGCUAUUUAUAAAUGGAUAUUUUUUUUUUUUUUGUGAUGGCACUUUAUCUUCACAUGUUCAAGAUGAAUGCUUAUAAAAAAUUUCAAAUGUAUUCUCAAUUACUAUUUGAUAUUUAUAUUAACAUAUUAUUGAAUGAUAACACUUAA